UAGCGAAAUCCACGUUGAAAGAUCGACACAAGUGACAAAUCUUUGAAAUUCAACUCUCAUCCACCUACGUUUUCAGCUCUUUCCUUCCUUCCUGGCGAACUCAACAACAAAGUUUCCCAAAUUCAAACCCUAAUCCCCAAUUCAGACAAUCAGAUCAAUUGAUCGUUGUCGUUAGGGUUUCCAUUUGUCGAUGGCGAUGUUGUUGGAGGACGUCCUUCGAUCCAUUGAGCUUUGGUUGCGUCUUAUAAAGAAACCCCAGCCUCAAACCUACGUCAACCCUAAUCUUGACCCUGUAUUAUUGGUACCUGGCGUUGGUGGCUCCAUCCUUAACUCUGUUAGCGUCACCGAUGGUAGCCAGGAACGGGUUUGGGUUCGAUUUCUCUCUGCUGAAUACAAGUUGAAGACCAAACUUUGGUCACGUUACGAUCCUUCUACUGGAAAAACUGAAACCUUGGAUCCAAAAUCAACAAUUGUGGUUCCUGAAGACAGGCAUGGACUUCAUGCAAUUGAUGUUUUAGAUCCUGACUUGGUAAUUGGAAGUGAGGCUGUAUGUUAUUUCCAUGACAUGAUAGUUCAAAUGCAGAACUGGGGGUAUGAAGAGGGAAAGACACUUUUUGGCUUUGGAUAUGAUUUUCGUCAAAGCAACAGGCUGCAGGAAACAAUGGAUCGGUUUGCUGAGAAAUUGGAAUUACUGUAUAAUGCUGCUGGAGGGAAAAAGAUAAACCUCAUAAGUCAUUCUAUGGGUGGUCUUUUGGUGAAAUGUUUCAUGUGCCUGCAUAGUGAUAUUUUUGAGAAAUAUGUUAAGAAAUGGAUUGCAAUUUCUGCACCGUUCCAGGGUGCUCCUGGAUGUACCAAUUCUACCUUUUUAAAUGGAAUGUCGUUUGUGGAAGGAUGGGAGCAGAACUUUUUUAUUUCCAAAUGGAGCAUGCACCAGUUGCUGAUUGAAUGUCCAUCAAUAUAUGAACUGAUGGGUUGCCCAAAUUUUCAAUGGAAACACACACCGGUUCUGGAAUUGUGGCGUGAGAGACUUCAUUCGGAUGGGAAAUCUCAUGCUAUUCUGGAGUCAUAUCCACCAUGUGAUAGCAUUGAGAUUUUGAAGCAAGCUCUUAUAAACAACACAGUUAAUUAUGAGGGUGAGGAAUUGCCCCUUCCCUUCAACUCAGAAAUUUUGAAAUGGGCAAACAAAACAUGGGAGAUUCUUUCUUCUGCCAAACUUCCUCCGGGUGUUAAAUUUUACAAUAUUUAUGGGACCAAUCUUGAGACGCCUCAUAGCAUUUGCUAUGGAAAUGCGGACAAGCCUGUCUCAGAUCUUCAAGACUUACGUUAUUUGGAGGCCAGAUAUGUGUGCGUUGAUGGUGAUGGAACAGUUCCAGUAGAGUCAGCUAAGGCUGAUGGAUUCGAUGCGGAGGAAAGGGUUGGAAUCCCAGGUGAACAUCGGGGUAUCCUUUGUGAACCUCAUUUAUUCAGGAUUCUCAAGCACUGGCUGAGAGCAGGAGAUCCUGAUCCCUUUUACAAUCCUGUCAAUGAUUAUGUGAUUCUACCUACUGCUUUUGAAAUGGAGAGGCAUAAAGAGAAGGGUGUAGAAGUAGCAUCCCUUAAAGAGGAAUGGGAAAUUAUUUCCAAUGACCAAGAUGGCCAAUGCAAUACUGGUGAUAAAAUGUCUUUGAGCUCAAUAUCAGUUUUGCAGGAAGGAGCCAAUAAUUCCCAUUCUGAGGCUCAUGCUACUGUCUUUGUUCACCCUGGCAAUGACGGUAAACAGUCCAUUGAACUGAAUGCCUUAGCAGUUUCAGUUGAUGCCUCAUGAAUCGUUCGGUUGAAGUAUGUGUGAACAUGGUUGGAAUACUUUCUGUAUAUUUAAUUGUGGCUGUCAUCUCUUUGUAUAUAUAAGGAUAUUCAUAUGAUGCCGCCGCCAUAUUCCUCCAUGUUCUAUAUUGUAUAAUAUGAAGUAUGAGUCAGUUAUGAUAAAGAAUACUAUCUGACAUUCUUAUCAAACUUUGUAAAGAGUGGCGUGCUAUUAAUAUUUGUAUCAGCCUAAUGUACAAAGUUCAUUUGAAAAGUUACUUUACUAAUUAUUGACUCACAACUUUUACUAUUAA